CGAACUGCUGACUCUGGUCAGCAGUCCAGCACAUAACCCACUGGACCCUAAAUCUUGGCAAUAGCACAAUCUGUGUGAUCGUGUCUCAUCCCCUUGGGAAAUGCACACUAGUUGGUGGGCACCAUUUUCAGUCCCUAGGAAGAUGGCAGGAGUUCCUGCCGGGCGGCCUGGUCUGUGAGAGCAAUGACCCUCUGAAACCUACCAGCAUCACUUGCUGGCGGUCACGGAGGUGGGGGGUGGGGCCGAGCCGGUCUCCGUGCUUCGCUUCCGGCCUCCCAGCCUCGCUUCCGGCGGGCCCUUCCUUCCAUCCGCUACUCUAUGGUCCUCUACCGGAAGUGGCUCGGAAGCCGGGAUCUUGGUGAGGUGUGUAAGCAGCCAUCUGCUUAUUAGACUUCAAUUCUUUGUCUUAAAAAACAUCUAUUCGAAUCCAGAAGAUUUUUCAGCACUUUUCUUGCCUGCCUUGCAAGUCUCCUGCUGCUGCUUCCUGACCUCCCAGCACAGCCAUGUCAUCAGAGUCAAGCAAAAAGCGGAAGCCCAAAGUGAUUCGAAGCGAAGGAGCGCCAGCUGAAGGGAAGCGGAGCCGAGCUGACCCUGAGCAGGAAGGUAAACACUACAGUGAAGAGGCGGAAGUGGACCUGCGGGACCCUGGCAGAGACUAUGAGCUGUACAAAUACACAUGUCAAGAGCUGCAGAGGCUCAUGGCCGAGAUUCAGGACCUGAAGAGCAAAGGAGGCAAGGACGUGGCAGUUGAAAUUGAAGAAAGGCGGAUCCAGAGCUGUGUCCAUUUCAUGACCCUCAAGAAGCUCAACCGACUAGCUCACAUCCGGUUGAAGAAAGGCCGAGAUCAGACCCAUGAGGGCGCAGCAUCAAUGGAGUGGUACCGUGGGCUCACUUAAGCCAUAGUUUGCGCAGCUUGACAUCUAGUUUCUGCCUGCAGGUCAAAGCAUGAAGAAAUUGAUCUGGUCAGUUUAGAGGAAUUUUAUCAGGAGGCCCCUCCAGAUAUCAGCAAGGUCGAAGUCACCAUGGGAGACCCUCACCAGCAAACGCUUGCACGUCUAGACUGGGAGCUGGAGCAGCGGAAAAGGCUGGCAGAGAAGUACAGAGAGAGUCUGUCCAACAAGGAGAAGAUUCUCAAAGAGAUCGAGGUGAAGAAGGAGUACCUGAGCAGCCUUCAGCCUCGCCUCAACAGCAUCAUGCAGGCAUCCCUCCCAGUGCAGGAAUACUUGUUCAUGCCGUUCGACCAGGCCCACAAGCAGUACGAGACAGCCAGACAUCUGCCACCGCCUCUCUACGUGCUCUUUGUCCAGGCCACUGCAUACGGGCAAGCCUGUGAUAAGACAUUGUCUGUGGCCAUUGAAGGCAGUGUGGACGAAGCCAAGGCCCUGUUCAAGCCUCCCGAGGACUCCCAAGACGAUGAGAGCGACUCGGAUGCUGAAGAGGAGCAGACCACGAAACGCCGGCGUCCCACCCUGGGAGUUCAGCUGGACGACAAACGCAAGGAGAUGCUGAAGAGGCACCCACUGUCUGUCAUGCUCACCCUGAAGUGCAAAGAUGAGAGUGUGCUUCAUCUGACCUUCUUCUACCUCAUGAACCUCAACAUUAUGACAGUAAAAGCCAAAGUGACCACCGCCACAGAGCUCAUCACCCCCAUCAGUGCAGGGGACCUGCUGUCUCCUGAGUCAGUCCUGAGCUGUUUGUAUCCUGGGGAUCAUGGGAAGAAAACGCCAAAUCCCGCCAAUCAGUACCAGUUUGACAAAGUUGGGUGAGUUAGCACGGUUUCCUCAGGCGGUCUUGGGAGAGGGAGGGGGCGUGUUGGGAGGGAAGGCAGCCCCGGCCAGGGUGUGGCAUUCCCAUGUCCUCCACAGUACACAGUGAUGGCAGACCACUCGCUGAGCGCUAGCCACAUGGAGACCACCAUGAAACUGCUGAAGACCAGAGUGCAGUCCCGCCUGGCCCUCCAUAAGCAGUUUGCAUCCCUUGAACACGGCAUUGUGCCCGUUACCAGCGAUUGCCAGUACCUCUGCCCGGCAAAGGUGGUCUCUCGCCUGGUGAAGUGGGUGACACUGGCCCACGAGGAUUACAUGGAGCUGCAUUUCACCAAAGAAGUUGUGGAAGCGGGCCUGGCGGAGGACACCAGUUUCUACUACAUGGCCCUCAUCGAACGGGGCACAGGUAACUGCCCUGCUGCUCACCGUGCUUCCAGGCCGAUACUGCUGUUCGGGGAGGACAGAUACAGGAUACAGGUGCCGUCCCCGGGGCUGGGUUCCGUUCCAGGUGCGAAGAGCCCGUCCAGCUUAAUCUGGUGUGGCCCCGCCUCUGGGGAGGAGGCCUGGCCAGUGUGGUCAGCACCCACUGAGGGCAGUCCUGAGUUGCAGGCUUUCCCGCCCACACAGGCCAUGGAGAGUGAGGUCAACGUGUGCUACAAGGAGCUGUGUGGCGCCCGUCCUGGCCACCAGCUCUUGACCAACCAGCUGCAGCGCCUGUGCGUGCUGCUGGAUGUCUACCUGGAGACAGAGAGCCACGACGAUAGUGUGGAGGGGCCCAAGGAGUUUCCCCAGGAGAAGAUGUGCCUGCGGCUUUUCAGGGGCCCCAGUAGGAUGAAGCCUUUUAAAUAUAACCACCCUCAAGGAUUCUUCAGCCAUCGCUGACCCCUGCUGGGUGGUGCCUUGGUG